AUGCAAAUCAAAAACAUUGUCGCUGUUCUAGCCACAGUCACUGCUAUCCACGCCCAAGCUGGCAUUGAACCUAAUGCCACUACUCCAAAUGCUACGCAGCCAAAUGUCACCCAACCAAAUACAACUCUUCCCACCGCUUCGGUGACUACGACUGUUUCGAUUGGUGACGCCGUUGUUAACACCAUGGCGGCUGGUGCCUUUGGGGCAGCAAUCGCUGCUGGUGUUGCUUUCUUAUUCUAA